AUGGUGGGCUGGAGGGUGGCGGUUCUAUGUCUGUGGGUCUCCUGCUGCUCUGCCGCCAGACAGCUGGAAUACUCAGUGUUGGAGGAGACCGUGCGGAGCGUAGCUGUAGGUAAUGUUUCCGCGGACUUGGGGCUGUCAGCGGCCGCUCUACGCUUGCGGAACUUUCGCUUACUUUCCAGCCUCCGCGAGCCCUACUUCGGGGUGGAUCUGGCCAGCGGUAGCUUGGUGGUCCGAGAGCCGGCAGACCGCGAACGGCUGUGCGGGACUAAAGCUGCCUGCGUCUUGACCUAUGAGCUGGUGCUGGAGGACCCGCUGGAGCUACACAAGAUGAGAGUUCACGUCGUGGACAUCAACGACAACUCUCCUGUCUUCCCUGCCGGCGACGUGCAGCUGCACAUCCCCGAGUUCCUGUUGCCUGGAGCCCGCUUUACUCUUCCUAAUGCCCUAGAUGCGGACGAGGGAAGUAACGGUGUCCUGACCUACACCCUGAGCCCCAGCCAGCACUUUCGCUUGAUCAUGGGGUCGCGAGUCGACGGCAGUGAAUACCCGGAGUUGGUAUUAGAGAAAGCGCUGGAUCGGGAGCAGCGUGCCACCCACCAGCUACUGCUCACCGCUAAGGAUGGAGGGCAGCCCGCGCGCUCCGGAGAAGCACAAGUUACCAUCAUAGUGGUGGACACAAACGACAAUGCGCCUGUAUUUGAGCGCACAGUAUACCGUGCCAAGGUACCAGAGACUGCCCCGAACGGGACUUUGUUAUUACGAGUUCAGGCCUCGGACCCGGAUGAAGGCUCCAAUGGGGAAAUCCGGUACUCCUUAAGCAAUAGCACGCUGGUGGAGCUGCGACACUACUUUCACGUGCACCCUAGAAAUGGGGAAGUGCGGGUAGCUGCUUCACUCGGUCUACCUGAAACGUUGUUGGAAGCAUACAUUGAGGCGAGGGAUGAGGGUACCUUCGGUCUAGCUAGUACUGUCAAACUGCUGGUGGAAGUGACUGAUGUGAAUGAUCAUGCCCCUGAGGUGAACCUCCUGACUCUAUCCAGUUCAGUUUCUGAGGACGCAGCCCCUGGCACAGUGAUUGCUCUCUUCAGUCUAAGGGACGAGGACCUCGGUCCCAAUGGUAAGGUCUUUUGUAGCAUGUCCAGUGGAGGCCCUUUUAAGCUGAAGGCUUCUUUUGACAACUACUACAGCUUGCUGACUGAUGGGCCGCUGGACCGGGAGCAGGUCAGCGAAUACCAUGUCCUGAUUACUGCCUCAGAUGGUGGCUCACCCCCACUGAGCACCCGCAGGACAGUGACUGUGUCUGUUGCUGAUGUGAACGACAAUUCACCAAAUUUUUCUCAGCCACAACAGGAACUUUUUGUGGCUGAAAACAAUGAUCCUGGGGCCUCUUUAGGCCGUGUUUUUGCCCAGGAUCCAGACCUAGGGGAAAAUGGCCUUGUCUUCUAUGAGCUGUUGGAUAUUAUCUCUGAAAGGCAGACAGCCUCUAGCUUGGUGGCAGUAGAAUCAACCAGUGGGGCUAUCACUGCCAAAAUUUCCUUUGACUUUGAGCAACUCAGGGGGUUUCACUUCCAAGUGGAAGCCCGGGAUGGUGGCAUUCCUCCCAGAAGUGCAGCAGUGACUGUGAACUUAUUUGUGGUAGAUAGGAACGACAAUGCUCCAGUCAUCCUGUUUCCUUUGCCCAGAAAUGGCUCUGUUCCAGUGGAAAUUGUGCCUCGCUCUGCCAGAACUGGACACUUGGUCACAAAAGUGGUAGCAGAGGAUGCAGACAGUGGCUCUAAUGCUUGGCUUUCCUACCAUAUUUUUCAGGCUUCUGACUCUAGCCUCUUCAGAAUUUCAGCCAAUAUGGGAGAACUUCGUACUGCCCGCUUCAUUCUUCCCACUGAUGCAGUUAAACAGAGGGUGGUGGUAGUGGUUCGAGACCAUGGAGACCCCUCACUUUCCUCUUCUGUCACAUUAGGUAUACUGUUGAGCAACUUUGCCCCUCAGGUCCUUCCAGACUUUGAAGAUACCUGGGAAAGAGGAGGCCACCUUUCCACCCAGAACCUGUAUUUAGUAAUUGCCCUGGCCUCUAUUUCCUUUUUAUUUCUGGGGUGCUUACUUUUCUUUGUGUGCAUCAAGGUGAACCAGAGCCCAGCUUGUUGUUCUCAAAGCUGCUGUCGCUCUUCAGAAGAGCUGAGGCAAGGGAGGAAGAUGGCUUCAAAUCCUUGUAUGACAUCAGCCACGAUAGAUGUCACUACAGUUGAGAGACUUUCUCAGACCUAUCUCUAUCGGGCCUCUCUAGGACUUGGUUCUGAUAAUAACAGUUUGCUGUUGUGUGGGGAAUACAGUGCUGCUGACCUGAGAAAUCUGGCUACUGGGGUAGGACUGAAUUUGCCAAUAUCCUGCAUUCACAUUCGGAAUAGGAAAGGGGAUCACGUAAAUGUCAAUGCCAUGGUAAGCAAAUCUUGA